GCUGAAUUUUAAUAUAUCGAAAACGGUCUAUUCAUUUGAGGUUACUUUUAAUUAGGACAAAAGGUCUGGAUAGAAAGUAAAUUUGUCGAUCACUCUAAGGGAGGGGGUUGGGGACAAUGCGGUACGAGUUCGCACACACACAAAAAGCUGAGGAUACUCUUCUGCACUCGAGUGAAUUGCAAAAUUAAGGACCGAGCCAUCUCGGUGACUGGCUGACUUUUUAUUUUUGACCGAAAAUUUUCUGCGAAAUCCUAUGAGUUUGAUUAUAAAAUGAUUGUAAUCAACAUAGCACAAAACGUGAUCAUGUCUACUAUUCUAUUUUGAACUCUUUUUCAGCGUCAGAAGUUGCUAAUUGCUUUGACAAGCCUAUUGGAGUUGCUGAUAAAGAUAAAGUUCCCGACGCUCAGAUGACUGCUUCUUCGUACCAUGGCGCUAAAUACCAACCUGCGUACGGCAGAUUAAACGGAGAGAGGGGCGAUGGAUGGUGCGCUGGGACGUCCAGCGGCAAUCAUGAAUGGCUUCAAAUUGACCUAGGAAAGCUUUAUACAGUGUGUGCUGUUGCUACCCAGGGAGACAUAAAUGGCAACGAGUGGGUGACAAAAUUCAAGCUUUCCUUCUCCGUGGAUGGAAAGAGUUGGGAUGUCAAUGCGGGGGUGUUUACAAGGGUAUCCGGAGAUACUAGCGAAAUUGAACAACACAAACUCGGAAAUCCAGUUGCCGCAAGAUAUGUUCGUUUUAACCCUAUUGGUCGAGUCCGCUACAACUGCCUUAGAGUUGAAGUAUAUGGCAUCACAAGCGAAUGUGAAUCUGUGCCCUUCGGAAUGCAGAGUGGAGCUAUAACUGAUGACCAAAUAACAGGCUCCUCACAAUGGAAUUCUAACUAUGCCUGGGCUCGUGCAAGACUGAACCAAAAAAGUUUCUGGGCAGCUAAAAGAAAUGACGCCAAUCAGUGGAUCCAGGUAGAUCUAAGUAAAAUAAUGACAGUCAAAGGCGUGGCGACACAAGGAAGGGACGCCUCAUUUCUUCAAUGUGUGAGCAAAUACAAGCUUCAGUACAGCAAUGAUGGACAGACGUUCACUGAUUAUAAGGAGGAAGGAGAAACAGACGCUAAGAUCUUAACAGGAAACAGCGACCAAAACACCGUAGUGAAACACGAGCUAAGCCAGCCAAUCACAGCACGAUACAUCCGACUUGUGCCACUCAGCUGGAAAGGUCAUAUUUCAAUGAGAAUGGAGCUUUAUGGCUGCGAAAAAUCGAGCUCGUCAUCUAACGCAUGUGAUUCAAAUCCUUGCCAAAAUGAUGGAACUUGUGAGGAUAUUGGGAACGGAAACUACAAGUGUGAAUGUCCAGGCGUUUAUGGCGGAGAUAACUGCGAAAAGGAAUGUGAAAAGACGGAAGACAAUGAGUGUUGUCAUUUUCCUUACCUCUACCAAGGUAAAGAGUUUAACGUGUGCGCAAUGACAGCGGAGGGCAACAGGGCCUGGUGCUCGUUGACUUAUGAUUUUGACAAGGACCAACAGUGGGGAUACUGUAAAGAUUGUAGUGUGAGGAUUCAAGGCGGCAAUCACUGUUGUUAUUUCCCGUUCAUUUUGAACGGAGAACUUCAGACGUCUUGUCUAACAACUCCCAGGCCUCGUGGAGACUUUGCUAGGCGCUUAGCAUGGUGCUCUAUGAAGUAUGACUUUGACAACGAACCGAUAUGGAAAUAUUGUCAGGAUUGAUUGGAGUGAGCUAACAGAUGAUAGAGUUAAACAGAUGUUAUUUGGUUGAAGCGAAGUAAAAUGAUUUACGGAAAAUGGCCUGAAGGGAAUUCAUUAUUGCUAAAUUUACAAUUUAAAAUUGUACUUUUCAUGUAAUUUUUUGGGUACAAUGAGGCUCUGGUAUAAAUUCUUUAACAUUUUGAAGUACAUUCGACUAAGAGUUUGAACUACCAUAUCAACAUCUCUUUCAUUUUUGCCUCAAGAUUAAGCAACAUAGUUGUUUAAUUUAUAUACAUAUGUAUUAAGAUGGCGUUUUAAGGUUCAGUCAAUGUUGAGAAGUAAACCAGUCAUAAGGUACAAGGUUUACAUAAGAGGUGUUUCUAGUGAUAGAAUUUUACCCAUGGAAUUUUAAGGAAAUUUUUGGAAAAUUUUUCCGUCUCAUUUUCCGGCUCAGCUAGUCAGUAAAUGGUUAAAUCGGUCUUUUCACGCAGAGGUCAAUAAAAU